CCAUACGUCAGUACAGUAUACUUCGAGAGCGAGUGCAUGAAAACUUUUUCUUCUAUCUUCAUUUUCGUCCUCUCCUCUAUGCACAGAAGCAAAAAUAAAAUAAAAAAAAAAUCAAAUCAACCCAAGUGAAAAUGAACAUAUUGUUCUGUAAAGUGAAUUAAAAAUUUAUCAAAAAAAAGAAAUUUUAUUAUUCACAAAUAUUAUGUUCUACAUAUUACUUUUUACAACAAAACAAAAAUCUAAGGAGCAACUUUACAGACGAUUAUAAAAACCAACAAAAAAAAACCCUCUUAAAACAUUUCUCUUGUGGGAAGAAUGACAUCGUGAAAAACGUCUCGUCCAUCAAAAACUCUUCAAUCUCGUGCACUAAUUAAUAAAACUAUAAUUGAUAUAAUUUGAGUUGGAAAGUAUACAAAUUUUGUUGUUUUUAAAAAGAAAAUUAUUAUUGUAAUAACCUCAAGUCGCUAGUCGUGAACUUAUCAUCAAAGUUGACCCGAAACCGCGAUAUUUUUGGAUAGAAAUGUGAUUCCAAAAAGUUUCACUGGGUUGUUUUUCUUUUUUGUUUUUUUGUAAAUAUUUUUUUGUCACUUGCAAACCAGAUUCGUUUUGAAGACAUUUUUUAUCCACAACCAAAAUUAUACAAGUGUUUCGAGCUUAACUUAAAAGGCAUCAUUGUGUAGUGUUUUAAUCUAAUUAUGGCAAUAAAGGUCCAAUUUGAAAUUGGACAUACGGCAACGGUGAAAACCAAGCGCACUCCUGAAGGCUUCACUCAUGAUUGGGAGUUAUACGUGCAAGGUGUUAACAAAGCUGAUAUUAGUGCAUUUGUUGAUAAAGUUGUAUUUAACUUACAUGACUCUUUUCCAAGACCCAAGCGAUCAAUUAAAGAACCACCAUACGUAAUUAAAGAAUCUGGUUACGCUGGCUUCGUACUCAACAUAGAUAUCUAUUUCCGCAAUCGUGAUGAGCCAAAAAGAGUAACAUACUCCUAUGACUUGGAUCUACAACAUGAAGGUCCACCAUAUCAUCGUUUUGAAAUAAAAAAAUUCAUUUUUGAAAUUCCAUCAGAAGAUUUCCGACAGAAACUUGUCAAAGGUGGUGGUAUUGCUGUGUCAGCUGUUGUCGGUGGUGCUAUUGCCAGUGACGAUAAAAGUCUCGAUAUGAAUGUGCCAGAUAAUCGAAGUCAAAUGGUCGGCAAACCGAAAUUAAGCAGUGAUGCAACAAGUUCGACUUCUUCGUCUUCUUCGAAAAAACACAAACAGCGACCAGACGAUAGUAAAUUAAAUACUUUUGCUAAUCUCUUUGGAACCCCAAUUACCAAAAGUGCUCAGAAAUUUUCACCAGAUCCAAAAACUAAAACAGCAAAUGGUGGUGCAAUUGCCCCAACAGGUCCUUCUGUACCAGGUAAAGGCAAAGAUAAAUCAAAUUCAGCUAGUAGUGGUGCAACAGCUGGAACUGUAUUGUCAGGUCCUGUUGCUGGAAGUGGCAAGGAUAAAGAAAAGCCCGAUAAAAAGGAUAAACAUAAGCAACUGACAAGCCCACAUAAGGAAAAAUUACACGAAGAAAAAGAAAGUAAGAAAAAAUCUGAUGGAAAGCACGAAAAGCGAGAAGAGAAGAAAAAGGAUAAAAAAGACAAGGAGAAAGAAAGAGAAAGGACUAAAGAUAAAACUUCUAAAAGAUCUCUCAGUCCGAAAAGUGCAGCAGCAUCAGCGCCUAGUCCUAAACGACCAAGUCCUGUGCGUUCUUCGUCUGCCGCUAGUCGAGACGAUACAUCAGUAAAAUCAUCUACGAAGGCAGCUGAAAGUGACAAACGCGGAAGCAGCUCCUCCAGCGGAAAAAAGUCGAAAAAAGAAAAGAAAUCACACGACAAGGAACGUGAACACAAAGAAAAACAUCGAACUGAUGUUAAAGAAACCGUUCCUGUGGCCAGUCUUGCACCAACACCUGCAGCUGCAGUUCCCACUGCUGCAACCUCAUCACAACCGCCAAAGGCUUCAAAUACAACAGUGACUCCCAAAAUUGAUCUCAAUAGCAAUAAAAAUCAAAAAGUCUCUGAUAAAGAAAAGGACUUGAAGAAAAGUGACUCGAAAUCUUCGGAGAAAGAGAGUACGCCAGUACAAGGGAGCGAUAAGAAAUCUUCAACAGAAAAAGAUAAAAAGUCACACAAACACAAAAAGAAAGAUAAGAAUAAAGAAAAGGAAAAAGAGAAAGAAAAAGAUAAGGAUAAAGAUAAAGAUCAAGCAUCUAAGAAAUCAACCAGCAGCAAAGAUAAAAAAGACAAAAAAGAUAAGACUGUGAAAAAUGAAUCUGCAGCUCCAACAACAACCACCAGCAAUAGCAAUUCUUCAGCAAUAUCAAAGAAAUCUUCAUCCACAACAGACGUGGAUACACCAAUCGAGUCUGGCAGCACAAAAUCAGCCCCAAAUUUAGCGUCGGGCACAUCUUCGACCAAGACAACGUCAACAACAAACAAACAAAGCAAUAAUGUCACUGCAUUAACUGUGCCUCCAUCAAAUAAUAGCACUUCUACCAACACAGGAACAACAUCAUCAGCAAGUGGCCUUUCAUCUGCUCCAAAUGACCUCAGCGAUGUAGAUAGUAUCAACUCGGAGAGUCUGCAUACGGUUUCAAAUUCGAAUUCAGAUAAAGCUGCCCCAAUACAAAAUUCAGACAGCUCAAAUAGUAGUUUUCCGGAAUUACCGGCAGCAGCCUCUAAGGCAUCGGCUGUAUUUCAAGCUCCAGCUAAUCCUCAGCCAACACCUCCGACAACUCCAUUAGCAACUGCAGCUCCAGCGGCAAUAUCUGAACCACCACCUAGGGCACAAGCAACACCACCUGUUGAUAAGAAAACUCAUCGCAGCGGUGCUGAAAAAUCAAAGGCUGACAAAACUGCUGAAAAGGAGGACAAGAAACGCCGAAGAAACUCCACAGCAGUAAACACUUUCGUUGAACCGCCUUUGAAACAAAUCAAAAAAGAUCUAAAGCCAACUCGAGAGAAAACCCAAUCACCGCUACUUCGCGCCGAAGAAAAACAAACUUUCUUACCUCCCCCGGCAACAACAUCUGCACUACCAAUCCAAAAUACACCCGUUACGGCUCUCAAUCUUGAAUACUUGUCCGAAUUGCAGGAACUUCAUCAAAAAAUUAUGACCCUACAAGACAACGAAGAGUUGCAACAAGUAGUCGAAAUGAUUGCCGCUACCGGACGCUACGAAAUCACUAGUAAAACAUUUGAUUUCGAUUUGUGUAAGCUGGAUCGUCAUACGGUGCAAAGGUUGCAAGACUUUUUCGCUACCUCUGUGUCGUGACACAAAAUACGACUGUAGAAACCAAAUAACAAUUUUGUAGAUCUUAAAAAUUGAAUCUACUACAACACAUCGCGCAUUUCUUUACUCAAAUUUCCUGCCCUUUUUUCUUAUCCCACAAAUAACAAAACAAAAAAUAUAAAAAAAAACAACAACAGCAAGAGACUUGCAAUAAACCCAGGUAAAGCAAAAAGCAAUUGUUAAAUCUUUUUUAAUUUAUUAUGAAUUUAUUCCCACAUUUAAGUAAAAGAGAAUAAAUAAAAAAAAAACACAAAAUGUGAAGUUUGUAUAUAAAAAUCAAAUAACUAUAUAUUUUAGAUUUUAUCGUCAUUAAUAUACACAUAAAUAUAUAUAUAUAAAUAUAUUCAUAGACUUUGUGGAUUUAUAAAAUUGUAAAUGUAAAUAUAUUUCAUAGAAAAAAUAUAUAUAAUUAUUAUUAUACUAUUGAAGUUAAACAGAAAUAAACAAAAAAAUCAAAUAUUUGAUAGAACUGUAUAUUAAAAUAAUAAAUAAUAUAAUACAAGAAACAUCUAUAUUCGAAACAAAAUUUAUAGUCAUCACACAUGUGUCCGUCCGCGCGUAUUAAACAAAAAAAAAUUAUAAAUUACACAAUAUUUAUUCGAAAAAUAAAAAUAAAUUACAAACCAAAAAAAAAAAACAAUUUAAAUUAAAAAGUGACACAUAGUAUGACUCGUAAUAAUAUAAAUACACAUACGUAAAAAAUACAAAAAAAAAAAACAAAAUAAGUAUCAGGUUAGAUUUGGAAUAAAAUUCUAAAUGAUGGAUUGUUGAUGGUUGGUUAAGGAGAAUAGUACAGGUUUAUGGCAAAAUAGAAUUAGAAGGCUGUUAACACACAUUACGAAGCUUUUAAAGAUAAAAGACUUUUCAACUUAAGAUUAUUGAAACAUUAACAUCUAUUUUCGGAGUUUGAUUUGUUUUUGAUUUUCAUAAAAUAAAAGAAACACAUUUUUGUGUGACCCGUAAAAUCAGUUAAAGGCCAAUUUAAUUUAUCGGUCAUUAUGGCGUAUGCGGAACAUUUUCUUCUUAGUUGAAUUGUUUAAGUAUCGCUUAACGGGAAUAAUAAGAGAAACCGUUUUAAUGGAAAACUUUGGAUUGUGACAUUAAUACAAAUCCAAUUUGUUACCAGUUUUUCUUUGAAAGCACUGCAAUGCCCGUAACAUGACUUUUACUUUUUGUCAGGCUAGUUCGUUUGGAUUUAGUAUUAGAAGAUACUUGGAUCAGGGUCAUAAUCUAAGAUUUUAAUUUUAGUAACCUAAAAACCUUAUUUUUUAGUGGUUUCUUAACAGCUUCAGUGACCCUAAACAAAUCUGAGUAAGACUUUCCAUUUCAAGUUGAAAUUUUCGGUUAAACAUAGUUUCUUAGUAGACCAAAUAAUAUGAAAAUCAGAAUUGUUUACCAUACUUGACCUCUUAAAAAAACAUUAUUAUAAGAAAAAUAAAAUAUGGAAUGUUAUCAUUUCGGAACUUCUUAUUGAAAGAAAUUUUCUUCAGAACAAAGGGUGGAUAAACCGUAUUAUUUUAAAUAAAAUGUUAGUAAUAAAACCCAACAUUUAGUUCCAUUCCUAUCGGCUACGAUUCCCGAAAAAAACAAUCACUGAAUCCGUUCGUAAUGGAAAAUUUCAUACAAAUCGUCACUACGAUCGGAGUUUGUGAUUCUUUUUUUCGGGAAUCGAAGAAAAUUUCCGAUACGAAUGGAAUAAGUGAAAAAGCCGAAUACAACAUUGACAAUUACUCCUUUCUUUUUUUUUUUUAUUUUACACAAAAAUUCGACAAGCAACUUACUGAAACUACUAAACUUUUUAGUUUUUUUUUUCAGAAAUUGAGAUUAAAAUAUACAAAUCGCAAUAGGCAAAGUACGAAAUAUAUCACGUAAUUAAGACCAAAGAAAGUUACGCAUUUGCACACUAAUCAUUAAAAAAUUAAGGUUUGUUUAUAACCAGUUUGGCUUUGAAUGGGUUUUCAUAAUUUAUUGAAAGAAAUUAUGAUUUACACAUGGUUUUUUUGUAAAAAGCAUGUGCUUGCUUUCAGAAUUUCCAUACAAAAUUACAUUACAUUAUCCAAAAUCACUGAAAAAUCUUGAAAACAACAGAAAGAAAAAUCCAAUUUAAAAAAAAAAAAAAUACAUGGUACAAUACCCAUCUGUAAAAAAUCAA